AUUUGUAUUUUAAAAACACAACAAUGGAGUUGCUUACGUAAUAUUCUUAAUAAUUAAAAGGCCUUGUACGAUAGAUGGAGGGGAAUUACAUAAAAUUUGAUAAAAGUUGGGAUUUGAAACCUGAUCCAUCACUGGUUUCGGAAUAUUGGCGAGAUUCCCCAAAUACCGAAUCUAUUUUACUCCUAAAAUCUAUAAUUAUCAACAAUUAUGUGGUGGAAUUUCUGAAUGCUUCUGAGGGAUUUCUUGUCGCACAGUUACCGGAUUUUAAUCUACAGAUCAACGUUCUAUCACCUUCGGGACUUACCAGCAGACGAGGAGAAAUGUACCUUAUAGCCGAUAUACUUUUGGCGCUUAGGCUUCUGCGUGAAGAGUACACAUACCAAUUCGUUACCGACAGAGACUUUAAGUAUAUAAAUAUCCUUGAAAGAGAUCGCAUUAAAUCUAUUCUGGAAGAAAUUAAAGUUUCACCAGAAUUGCUUAAUUUUAAAGUGGAAUAUAGAGCAGUUAAUCCCCAAUUGGAUGUUAAAAUCCCAGGGAAAACAUUAGAAACCUCUUCUAAGACUAGUACCACCAAGUUAACAGUUAAAGAUAUACUACAUAACCUGUACUCCUCCUUGAGUAAAUUACACAGUAGUGUUAAAAAUGUAAAGUCUGAUGAAAAUGGAGGAACCAAUGAAAAUUUGUCAAAUAACAAUCAGCUCAAUGAAUACUUGAACACAUUCGUGUUUGUGACAUGUAUACAAGAGAGGCCUGUGAGGACCAGAAACUCAUUAUUAACAGCACAUGGUGAAGGAUUUGAAAAGAUACUAAUGAAGGCAGACGCAACUUCAGAUAGUGUGAAGAAAAUACACAAAUCAGAUCACGGUUCAUCAAAAUCAAUGAGUAAGAUGAAGGUAGUGGAUGAGAUAUGUUGUAAAUAUCGCAAAAGGCCAAUAAUAAUAGUUCCUUCGGGAACCAGCUCAAUAAUAUCCAGGCAAAAUAUAAAACAAUUAUUACAAGAUCACCAAUUUGUUGACCAACACCAAUCUAUGAAAAAUGAUGGCAUUCUACAAUCAAAUUUACCAAUGAAUGCAGUUGAGAUAGUGCAUACAGUAGGGAAGAAACCCGUUAAAUUUAGAGUUGUUGAGAAUUCCUACGUAUCCAGAUUUACCAAUCACGACUGGGUCAGUGUCGUAUGCGUAGUUCUCAACGUGAAAGGAGAAAGGUGGCAAUUUAACAACUACCCGUUCGAGUCUUUUAUAGAUAUGUUCAUGACUUUGAAAGGAGUUCUAUUUGUACAUGAUGGAGAUAUAGUACCGAGUGAAAUGUGCAGUUGGGAUAUAAAAGUGUUUAGAAUAAGUAGAUCACAUAGGCAUAAUGAUGCAUCUGUGUCAAGAGAGUUUUGGCAGUAUAUUGAUAAUUUCCUAUUACACCCAAGACUCAGGAAAAUCAGUCAUACUAAAAAGUUAUAACACAGUUUACAUUUUAUUUAAGAGUGUUUUAUUAUUUUAAUUUAAAUUUAUUAAAUUUAAUAAUUUGAGAA